AUGUUUAUCUAUUUCAGUUUCACUUGGGGUCACAUUGUGACCGUCUCAAGACCCAACUGUUACAAAUGUGAUGAGUAUCACUUCUGCAACUGCUCUGCCAGAAAAUUUCUCCAAGUUCCAGCAGUUCCCGGAAAUGUUGUAAUCCUUGAUAUUUCCCUCAAUGAUAUUGAAUCCAUUGAGAAGCAGGAUCUGAGCAUGUACACUGAGCUGGGAACUUUAACUAUGCAGAAGAACAAACUUAAAAUGAUCCACAAAGAAGCAUUUAGGUCACAGCACAAGCUGGAGGUGCUUGACCUGUCUUUCAAUCAAAUGGACAACAUUGUGGCAUCCUGGUUUCAUCAACUGAAGUCACUGAAGCACCUGAACCUUUUGGGAAACCUGUAUACAACCUUAGGAUCUGUUCCUCUUUUCCAGUUUGGUGGGAACUUGCAAACACUGGAAUUUGGAAACCAUUAUUUGAAGAAAAUACAAAAGAAUGCCUUAAGUGGGAUUACCCAACUGAAUGAGAUGGUGGUUGUUGGAAGUAACCUGAGGUCAUAUGAGGCAGGCAGCUUCAAGAUGACUCGACCCAUCAGAACAGUUUCAGUGAGCCUUCAAAGGCUGUUUCAAGACAACCCAGCGCUUGUCUCAAAAAUCCUUCAAGAUGUUUCUCACCCCGAGACAUCACUGACUAUCAGAGAUGUUCUGCUGAACACAAGUGAAUCAAUGCAACCUUUUGAAGAAGUCAGAAAGGGGGGCACCACAAGACUUACUCUACAUAACGUGACCACAACAGAUGAAGCAGUCACCAGUUUCCUGAAGGCUAUGGAUGGUUCCCCACUGUCUUAUCUUGGUUUUGAGGAUGUACAGCUCAGAGGUGGAGGCUGGUGGCAAAAAGCCCACACAACACACUAUGAAAGCCUGCGUUCCAUCUUUGUUCGCAAUGCUGAAAUCCAAGGAUUCUUCAACUUUAGCAGUAUGACCCAGCUAGCAUUUCUUCUCAAGUAUCCCACUGAGAUAUCUGUGAUCAACUGCACCGUUUUUGUUAUGCCCUGUAUAACCUCAUAUCUUCUGAAAAAGAUUGAGUACUUGGACUUGAGUCAAAAUCUAUUAUCAGAUGUCACGGUGGAGGACACGCUAUGUCGUGGUGUGGGCAUCAUGCACAAUCUCAACACCCUCAAUGUGAGCCACAACUCGCUAAAAUCCUUUGGGCUCAUGUCCCACCUGGUGACAAGUCUGCAGAGGCUGACAUUUUUGGACAUCAGUCACAAUGACUUUAUGACAAUGCCACAGAAAUGCACUUGGCCUGCGAGUCUAAGGUUCCUAAAUCUGUCUUCCACAAAGCUUCAUAGGGUAACACCAUGCCUACCUAUGAGCCUGACAAUUCUGGAUCUCAGUCAAAAUGACCUGACAGAAUUCCACCUCAGCCUUCCCCACCUUGUGGAGCUCCAACUUUCCGGUAACAGACUUGUUCAGUUCCCCGAGGGAGGAAUGUUUCCCAGCCUGAGCACAUUGCUCAUUCAGAGGAAUACUUUGAAUAUGUUCAACAAGAGUGACCUAACAAGGUUCAACAACCUGCAAUAUUUGGAAGCUGGUCAGAACAAUUUCGUAUGCACCUGUGAGUUUGUGACAUUUUUUAAGGGUGACGUUGACCAUCUUAUCACUCUCAGGGAUGGUCACAAUAAUUAUGUAUGUGACUCUCCAUUCAUGUUGAGAGGUCAUACAGUUGACAGGGCUCAACUGUCAGUCUUUGAGUGUUAUAUGAUUCCUGCAGUCUCCAUUCUCUGUGCUGCGAUUGUCCUCACUUUAGUCCUCGUUGGUGUGACCUGUCACAAGCUUCAUGUUUUAUGGUACCUAAAGAUGAUCACUGCAUGGUUACAAGCAAAACGAAAACCAGCAGUGCGCAGAGCAGAGGGGAAUCUUUGCUAUGAUGCUUUUGUUUCAUACAGCCAACGAGAUGCUGAGUGGGUUGAGGAGAUCCUCGUCCCAAAGCUAGAAGGUGCUCAGCCUCCCUUUGCACUCUGUCUUCACAAGCGGGACUUCCUUCCAGGACGCUGGAUCGUGGACAGCAUAAUUGAUUCUAUCGAGAGGAGCCAUCGCACUCUGUUUGUUCUGUCGGAGCACUUUGUCAAAAGUGAGUGGUGCCGCUACGAAUUGGACUUCUCGCACUUCCGUAUCAUUGAUGAGCACAACGAUUCAGCUGUCCUGGUCUUGCUGGAGCCAAUUCCCAAAGAGACCAUUCCAAAGCGCUUCUGCAAACUGCGCAAGAUAAUGAACUCCAGGACGUACCUUGAGUGGCCUCAAGAGGAAGAAAGGAGGGAGGAGUUCUGGCACAAUCUGCAAGCUGUGCUGAAGAGGGAGGAUUUCUGAUGCUUUCAAGAUCAAGCCCAUUGUUUCUGUAGCCUUAAUGUGACAUUCGGCCUGUGGCAAUCCAUCCACUCUGACCCUAGACAUUGCUUAGCCUCAUCUUUGUCAGACUACAACAAAUGAGUUGGGUCAACACCAGGCCUACGUAUGAGCCUGACCGUCCAAAUGGGUUAAUCUCAUGACAGCACUU